AUGCUGAAGCGCUGCGAGAUUACAUCCAGGAGCCUUGGCAAUACCCAGACCAUCUUUGCCGCGUACCUGCCAGACACCUCUGAGUACAAGAAGCUGCCUGUGGUCUACUGGCUCUCGGGGCUCACCUGCACCGACGAGAACUUCUCCCAGAAGGCCGGCGCCUUCCAGGCAGCCUGCGACCACCAGGUUGUCUUGGUGAUGCCGGACACAUCACCGCGCGGAGACGGCGUGCCAGACGAGGAACCGCACACGUACGACUUCGGAGUUGGAGCUGGGUUCUACUUGAAUGCCACAACGGACAAGUACAAGACCCACUACAACAUGUACGACUUCAUUGUGAAGGAACUGCCAGCCUGUGUCGAGGCCAAUUUCCCGGUGUCCGCGAAGCGGUCCAUCUCAGGGCACUCCAUGGGCGGCCAUGGCGCGCUGACCAUUGCCAUGAAGAACCCGGACAGGUACACCUCGGUGUCUGCCUUCGCGCCCAUCUGCAACCCCACGAAGGUGCCUUGGGGCGAGAAGGCCUUCAAGUUCUACCUGGGCGAGGACCAGCAGAGCUGGAAGCAAUACGAUGCCACUGAGCUCAUUGCGGAUUACAAAGGCAAGGACCUCCACAUCCUCUGCGACUGUGGCACGGCGGACAGCUUCCUGGUGGGUGACGUGAACCAGCUGCAGCCACUGGCCUUCAUGGAGGCGGCUCAGAAGGCCAAGGUGCCGGUGACCUUCAGGAGCGACGCAUGCGACGUGAUGCGACGUGAUGCGACGUGA